GCGGUUUUCAUGGAAGAUAUUGCUGAUCCUCAUCAUUCCAGUUGGGAGCGACGAGCGGGGAAGACAACGAGCAUCGAAAAACGCAAGCAGCAGCCAACACACCCGCCCACCACAACCACCACGCACCACACCAGCACAGCACACGUCAUCAGGUCAACGGCUGCGGCCUUGCUUGUGGGCACACAUCGCAGAUAAGACGACGCCAUGGCGAACGAGGUAGAUGCGAAGCGCAUGCUUGCGCACAUUGAUGGCUUGUCCGCACACAACACACCGGCCAAGGUGACGUCGUCGGAACCCAAGGAGGUGAAGAUUGCAUACGAGUCUGGGCUGAAGAUGGUGCACCAGAAGCAAGGGAGCGAGGUGUGCGAGAUGCUGGGCGUGGACCCGAGGAAAGGACUCAACGUCAGCUACGCCGUGCAGCGGCUGAGCAAGUACGGCGAGAACACGCCCUCAAACAUCGAGCAGCAGUUGUACGGGUCCGCGUCAAACGUGGCCAAGCGGUAUGCGCGGACGUACACGGUGCUGCGCGGCGGCGACGUGACGACGGUGGCGACAAAGGAGCUCGUGGUUGGCGAUGUCGUGUUUCUGCAGGCCGGGGACCACGUGCCCGCGGACAUUCGCAUCCUCAAGGCAGCGAGGGAGACGGCAGAGCAGUACGAGUUCUCCGCAGAGAAAGGAUAUGAGAAGAAGGUGGUGGAGGUCAACACGGUUAUCGACAACACACUCCCCGGCGGAUUCGGGCCCUCCCCCGUCGGCAGUGGGGAGCGGUGCACGCUGUCGGCAACACGGCCCUCGCUGUUCAUCCCCCCGCCCGCACAGCGCCUGCCGCGCGGCGUCGACAAGAAGAAAGUUGCCAAACUUGCCGGCAAACUUUCGACACUCGGCAUGUCUGUAAAGCAGGCAGACCGCCUUGUUCCGCUGUGUGGCGUGAAGAGUAUGACGGUGAUGCUCACGGCGACGCCAGCCAACAUCAACCGCACCAACAUUGCCAUCAAGAGGGUGGUGGCCCUCGGGUUCCGGCUGCUGGUGCUGCUGCGUCCCGGCGUGGAUGCGCGGCGGGACAUUGCACAGCUCACCACCGUCGCCGUCGGAAAACCAAUCAACCUCGACCACACACGCAUGCUCGUCAGCUCAGGCACCAUCGCGGAGUGCGUGUCUGCGAUGGAGCUCGAGUCUGCCGUGCUGGCGGCGGGUCCCGAUCUCGUCCUCGCAGACGCCGUCAAGGCCGCGGCCGACAAGUUUGAGGAGCCUGUUGUUGUGUACAGCGACGAAGUGAACGACAAGAUGGCCCUUGAGCGGGCGACGCUUGGCUUCUGCUCCUUCAACGCGUGCCCGGCAGCGCUUGCGGCGACGGAUGUGGUGUGCGAGGAGAACGGGGCAGAGCGGCUGGCGCUGUAUGUCAAGAUCCUGAAGGAAUCGACAGAGAUUAGCAGCUGAUUGUGACACCAACACUUUGCACACCGAUGGCAAUGGUGGCGGGUUGGCAGGCGUGUGUGCUAUCGUCACCACAACACGCUGCUGCCGCCGCUGCUGCUGCUGCUGUUGUUGUUGUUUGUCACAUACUCCCCGCUCACUCCCCCCCCCAUUGCCCAUCUCAGGCCAUUCUCCAUGCCCACUGUGCAUUGUCACCCUGUUCAACCCAGGAUAGUGCACAACACAACCGCACAUACACAGCCAGCCGCACUUACACACACACACACACACACUUACACAAUCAAUCAUACCCUUCACAAUUUCUCUUGCUGCUGACCGUUGCUUGUUUGCACUUGUACAUUUUUCCUCACGCGUCGUUCUUUGUUCGUCGUUCUUCUGUUCCCGUUUCACCUUUGCUGUUGUUUUAGCAUGCGUGCUCGUCUCAUGUCUGCUGGUUUUGUUUGUUUGUUUGCUUGUUUGACUUGCUCGUGUCGUCAUUCGUCAUUGUGGUGUCUUCUUUCUUGCACGCGCACACACUCGCCACACACACAAACACACAUACACUUGCAUUACACACGUGCAUGUCGUUCAUUUUGCCCUUCAUUGUUGCUUUCUCCUCCUUCUAGCUGUGAUCCUUUGCUUUCUCUCUCUCUCUCUCAUGUGCUGUUGUUUCCUUUCCCUUCGCUUGUGUGCGUGUGCUGCUGUUGUUCGUUGUUCUUUGUCAAUGUGACACCAGCCAGCAUGUGCGCCAUGCUCGCUUUGUUUGUUGACACUGUUGCCCUCAAACCAAGAGAGAGAGAGAGAGAGACAGUGAACUGAUGCUCAAUUGCAA